UCGGUGCUCAGAAAUGAAAUCUUCGUUGCUACGAAUGCGGAUUAUCGGGCAGAAUAAGGGCGACCCCAGGGUGAAAUUGGUUCAUGAUUUUUCACUCCCUGUCGAUGGAUUAACACAAGCAGCAAAGGAUAUGAAAGACAUGAGAACGUGCUAUGAUACUCUACUUUCUGCCUCCGCAGCUACAGCAAAUAGUGCUUAUGAGUUUUCAGAGUCAUUGCUGGAGAUGGGCAAUUCUCUACUAGAGAAAACCAAUACGCAUGAUGAUGUAGAAAGUAGAGGAGCAUUAUCAAUGCUUGGGAAAGUGCAGCUCGAACUUCAGAAACUGGUUGAUAUCUAUCGGCACCAGAUUAUCAUGACGAUCACAAAUCCAUCAGAGUGUCUCCUUAGCGAGCUAAGGAAAGUGGAGGAGAUGAAGUUACAAUGUGAUGAGAAAAGGGAGAUGUUUGAAUACAUGGUGGGACAAGUUAAGGAAAAGGGCAAGUCCAGACAUGGAAAGGGGGAGACUUUUAGCUUGCAACAAUUGAAAGUUAUCAACGACGAGUAUAAUGAUGUUGCAAGGCUCUGCGCUUUCCGUGUGGAAUCAUUGAAGCAAGGGCAAAGCAGGAGCCUAUUCACCCAAGCAGCUCGUCACCAUGCUGCACAGUUGAAUUUUUUUCGGAAAGGACUUCAGUCUCUCGAAGCAGUUGAACCAUACAUAAAAAAUGUUUCCGAAAAGCAACAUAUCGACUACGAGCUCUCUGAAACAGAUGAAGGGGAAAAAGAUGGUGGAGAGGACAGUUAUGAGAGCAAUGAGCAUGGAGAACUAACAUUUGCCUACAGGGUGAAAGAAGAACUAGGAAGUGCCUACACAUUGAAUAACUCGAUGGAGUUGAAUCAGAUAGAUGCUUCGAGUGCACGACCAUCUCGGGUAAAAGAUGUUGAGUUGCAGAGAAGUGGAAGCAGACACCAAUGGGAUCAAAUACCUAGCCAACAGCCUCGAGCAGGGAGCCAUUCUGCUCCGCUCUAUCAAGAGAAGUUUACUAGUACUUAUGUGCUGCCAACUCCGGCUGAAGCAAAAGGUUCAAACAUGACUGCUUCUGGACCUCUAUCUAAUCCCAAGCUAUCUGCUGGGAGUUCGAAAUAUUUGUGGCACUCAUCGCCAUUGGACAUGGAGAAGCCAAAAAAAUUCACAGAUGGCCAGUUUUCUGCACACAGUAUCUCGAAGCCUCAAAUAGUUGUUGAAGAAAGCAGCACCUACAAGCACUCUCUUCCCCUUCCGCCUCUGGCUGAGGGAGCUGCUAUCCCGCACAUUGACACACAGAGUGGAUUCGACGUUAAGAAAAAUACAAGGCAAGCUUUCUCUGGUCCAAUUACAAGCAAACCUUCUUUAAACAUGCCCCACGCACUCAUUAGCUCCAAUGACACACCUCGAUCAUUUUCUGGAUUGCUUUCGCAUGCGUCUGGUCCCCAAUCGUCCUUGCUCGUUAAUGUGUCUCAUAACGCCUCAUCUGCCCUUGCAACUUCACCUAAAAUAAGUGAGCUUCAUAAACUCCCAAGGCCCCCUGAUACUUUUGUUUCCAAACAAACACGAUCAAUAGGGGCUCUUGGACACUCCGCUCCCCUAGUCAAUAGCAAACGGGAAGUAUCCCCAACGAACAGGAAUCCCUUUAGACAACUGAGAGAAGGGUCUCCACUUCCUCUCCCUCAGCCAACAGUCUCUCGAAGCUUCUCCAUACCUUCUAUUGGUCAGAGAGAAGCAGGUUUUCACUCAGGCAAGGUUUAUAGCGCAGGAGUUUCUUCUCCUCCGCUCACGCCCAUCUCCCUAUUACAUACGAAGUCACCAAAUUCUGGACAGAUACGAGUGAAUGCUGGUGGGAGCUGACUGCUUUGGCCUUGGUUGCCGCAAUAUCUGCAUUCUUCAGUUUUGGAACCUGCCUAUAAUAUGAUUCUGCCAGCUUCUUGGGGUAAAUAUGACAGAAUUUUGGCAUCUCUUUGUAUAUUUAAGUUGUUAAUCUCGGUCAAUUGGUCUCAUUAUAUCUUGAUUCUUGGAGUUAUAUGUAUCACAA